AUGGAUGAAGAGUACGGAGUUAUUGUUCUCGGCACCGGUCUCAAGGAGUGUAUCCUCAGUGGUCUCCUCUCCGUCGAUGGUGUCAAGCUUUGGAAGAAGUUCAGGGGAGAAGACAAGGCAGAUUACAAUGUUGACAUGAUGCCUAAGGUAUUGUUGUUAACUACACCUUCGUGGGUUGGUUUCAUUGACAACGAGAGGCUCAUUGGUGAGGCUGCUAAGAACCAGGCGGCUGUUAAUCCUGAGAGGACUUUUGAGGACAAAGAGGUCCAGAAGGACAGGAAACUUGUGCCUUACCAGAUUGUGAACAAGGAUGGCAAACCAUACAUUCAAGUCAAGAUCAAGGAUGGUGAGACCAAGGUUUUCUCUCCUGAGGAGGUCAGUGCCAUGAUCUUGACUAAGAUGAAGGAGACUGCUGAAGCUUACCUUGGAAAGAAAAUCAAGGACGCAGUUGUCACUGUUCCAGCUUACUUCAACGAUGCCCAGAGGCAGGCUACAAAGGACGCUGGUGUUAUUGGUGGUCUCAACGUUGCCCGAAUCAUCAACGAACCCACUGCUGCUACUAUUGCCUAUGGUCUUGACAAGAAGGGUGGUGAGAAGAACAUCCUUGUCUUUGACCUUGGUGGUGGUACCUUUGAUGUCAGUGUCUUGACCAUUGACAACGGAGUGUUCGAGGUUCUUUCCACAAAUGGUGACACUCACUUGGGAGGUGAGGACUUUGACCACAGGAUCAUGGAUUACUUUAUCAAGUUGAUCAAAAAGAAGCAUCAAAAGGACAUCAGCAAGGACAACAAGGCUCUUGGAAAGAUCCGCAGGGAAUGUGAGAGAGCCAAGAGAGCACUUGGUAGCCAGCACCAAGUCCGUGUAGAGAUUGAGUCCCUCUUUGAUGGUCUUGAUUUCUCGGAGCCUCUCACAAGAGCUCGUUUUGAGGAGCUUAACAAUGACUUAUUCAGGAAGACUAUGGGACCAGUGAAGAAAGCCAUGGAUGAUGCUGGUCUACAGAAGAGCCAGAUCGAUGAGAUUGUUCUUGUUGGUGGAAGCACUAGGAUCCCCAAGCCAAACAAGGUUGUGAACCCCGACAAAACUGUUGCUUAUGGUGCUACUGUCCAGGGUGGUAUUCUGAGCGGAGAAGGCGGUGAUGAGACUAAAGAUAUCCUUCUUCUCGACGUUGCGCCACUCACUUUGGGUAUUGAGACAGUAGGAAGAGUGAUGACAAAGCUGAUCCCGAGAAACACAGUAACACAGUUAUUCCAACCAAAAAGUCUCAGGUUUUCACGACAUACCAAGACCAACAGACAACCGUCUCCAUCCAGGUCUUUGAAGGUGAGCGAAGUCUCACACUAA